AUGGACCCACAGGCUUUUUACGGCAAAAGAAAUAAAAUAGAGAUGCGCCCUCGACGAACAAUCGUCGUAAUUCCAGAGAGCAGCGAGGAUGAAAAUGUAUCAGAUGAUGAGACUUACAGUACUCAAGAUCCUUUACAUAUAAAUGAAGAAAAAGAAAAGUCUUCCUCGGACGGAGAAGAUGAAGAAGAAGAUGAAGAAGGAAAAGAGGAACUGGACCAGCUAUUUCCUGAGUGCACUGAAGAGCAUAUGGAAACGUUAGAAAAUUUUACAGACAAUCAACCUUCUACUUCACAGGCAGCUUCUUCAAGUAAGAAAGAAAAGAAAGAUAAGUUGGUGUGGUCGGAUGACAAUCUUCAGUAUGAUGAAUCCAAUAUUGCUUUUUUGGGAUCUGAAAAUCUUCCAGAUGAAAUAAUGCAGCUAAAUACUCCAAUGGAGUUUUUCAAAUUUCUUUUUCCGUCAUCUGCUGUAAAUUUAAUUGAGGAAGAAAGCAACGUAUACGCAGCACAAAUUUUCCCCGAAAACUUGAAUUCAGUGACACAUAAAGACAUUUAUAAAUUUAUUGGUAUUAUUAUCUACAUGUCGGUAGUACACCUGCCAACUACUCGUCAUUACUGGAAGGAGGGCACAUAUGUUGAAAAAGUUGCAAAUGUUAUGACGUGCAAUAAAUUCGAAGAGAUUAAAAGUUUUCUGCAUUUUUUCGACAAAACAAAAGAACUAAAACCAUAUGACCCGCAGUUUGAUAGACUUCAGAAAAUACGCCCACUUAUGAAAAUCCUACGCGAAAGACUGCUAAAAGUGUCGAAAGAGGAAUUUUUGUCCAUUGACGAACAGAUGAUCCCUACUAAGGCCCGAACUUCAGGAAUCAGACAGUACAAUGCAAAGAAACCCCAUAAGUGGGGUUAUUUGAAUUACGUAUUAAGCGGAGUCAGUGGAUUUAGUUACGACUUUGAAUUAUUCGGAGGAAAAUACCCAGCACCGCCUGAAAACUGUCCCGAUCUUGGAGUGCCAGGAAAUGUGGUUCAAAGACUAUUGAAGACUGUCUCGGACAAUUUGAACCAUAAGAUUUUUGUCGAUAACUGGUACACAAGUUUGCAGCUAAUGGCAAACUUGCACAAAAAAGGUAUUCUGCCAUUAGGCACAGUACAACUGAGAAGAGCUCCAAAUAUAAAUAUAAAUAAAAAAGCUUUAGAAAAGAAAGAACGAGGUUAUUGCUCCGAAAAAAGUGUUGCUGUUGAUAACGUUAAGCUAUCAGUUACCAGUUGGGUCGACAAUAAAGCAGUCAGUUUGUGUUCAUCCUAUGUAGGCAAGGAACCAAUGGGAGUUGUGAAAAGAUAUUCCAAAAAACAUAAGCGUAGAGUUGAUGUUUCUUGCCCAAAAGCAGUAUUAAUUUAUAAUAAAUACAUGGGCGGUGUCGAUUUACUAGAUGCCAUGUUAGGCUUCUAUAGGAUCAAAAUCCGCAGUAAAAAAUGGUACCACCGCCUGUUCUUCCAUUUCAUUGAUCUCUGUUGCGUGAAUAGUUGGCUAUUAUGGCGGAGAGUCAUGAAACAAAAGGGUGAAGAUAUUUACAUUCCAUUGCUUGACUUUAAAUUAACCAUAGCAGAUGUAUUGAUGCACAAAGACUCAAAGGUAUAUACUCCGACUACACGCAAACGAGGACGACCACUGAAUCAAGAUGUUGAGGCAAUUAAAAAGGGGCAAUCAAGGCGACGCAUAGAACUGUAUCCAAUGGAAGUAGCUGGAGACGGGUUCAACCACUGGCCGAAUUGGAAAACUGAUCGCCAAAGGUGUAAAAUGGUUGUAAUGAAAUCACAAGACACUAACGCUCAAAUCGACACAACCGACGAGGUGACAACUCUGCAUGCCGUCGCACACAGGCAUGCAAACAAAACCAUCACCAUUUCAAGCAGUGAACCACUUGAAAUCACCAUCACCAGAAGUGGAAUGGAGGUGUUGACGCAACUCGGCAACUCAUUCGCGGCUGCCGUGGCUACAGAAACUGAUACCACUCUCGUAUCAAAGUCUAAGACUGAAGACAGUUUAAACAAGGAAUACUUGGGUGCACCAUACGUCCUUCACAACUGCAUCGGUCUGACCACUAAGUUGCUGCUGCAGAAUAACGACGAUUUUUCUGUGUUUCUUACUGACGAAUACAAAUCCAAUGAUUAUAGGGAAGUUGUUUUAGAGCCAGGCGCAUGUGUUCCAUUGCAGCUGAAGCAUGGUGGACUCAAUUUGAUGAAAUUGAAUGAGCCACCACCACCACUGAAGUUAACUGUUAAGAUUGUGGAAUUGGAUGAAGAGGUGGUGCUACCAGUGGAGCGUGCAGAUAAACGGUAUUUCACUCUGGGAAGAAGACAAGCGGGCGGCACUCUGGAGAAAAACGUUCCGCACGCCGCCGCCAUGGAACCGCGCGGACUCAUCUCCGACGUCCUCAUGCAAGACGCUGCGCUGCAUAUAUACCUGCGCAGUGUCGUGCAGGUAACAAAUACGCUCGCGGUAAACGUUUCCGUAUACUAUAUGACCGCGAGCGGCAAUGAGGUGGGUUUAUUAGGGGAAGUGAAGCCUGGCCGAAUUUUACGCUUACCUCUACAAGCUGUCCAUACACCAACUGCUGAGAUAUUCUUCUCAGUUGAAGGUUUCACGGUGUCAGUGUCACCAUUUAUUUGGCGUGAGUUGCAGCAAGAAGUAAAGAUUACAAAGUUGCUUCAGUGUGAUUCCAAGGACAAAACCAGCGGAGAGAAGUUUUAUCUGAAGGCUGUGGGCACAAUGGAGCAAGUUUACUUUGAGCACACAAACCGACACACCUUCGCCUCGUCCUGCUACGACAUAGUGCUGAAGCCGGCUGUGAAGCUGCAGAACUCCUUGCCAAUUGACAUUGUUGUAUCACAGUUGGGUUUGAAGAGAACACAGAUAUUCAAGCCUGGGGAGAUGUUCCACUUGUCACAUUUGGCUCCCAACAGGGCCUCCAUAGUUGUAAUGAUACAAAGUUAUCUCGACAAAUGUUGGGUAUGUACAAAAAAUCUCCCAGAUGAGGAAACUGAAUUAUCUGUGUGGUCGUUUGAGUCCCACGACAGCCCCGCGGUAAUGACGUUGGACUUGGGCAUGCACAGUGUGGACAUGGAGGGAACACAAGUACUCUCAUUGUACUGCCCAUUCUGGAUGCUGAACAAAACUGGUUUUACAUUGUGCUAUAGAAAAUCAAAGAAACCAGAAAAAGACUCCAGCUCACCCAGCAAGAGCGCAGAAGAAACAGGCAAUGUAAUCUUUCACCCUAAGGAUUAUAAAGAUCCAAUAUUAUUUUCGUUUCGAGCUAAGAAUUUCUUCGGUAAGAAAAAGGCGGCCAUUAGAGUGGAGUUUGGGGAAUGGUCUGACAAGUUCUCUCUUGAUGUGCCUGGCAGUUCUGGCGUUGUCAUAUGCAAGAAUGAAGAAAGAACAUACCAAGUGGCAGUUACAAAUCAGUUGACUUUUAAUAGUUUGACGAAGAUGGUGAUAUUUACACCAUUCUUCUUAAUCAUUAACGAAGCACCCUUCGCCAUUCAGUACCAAGAGUUACAUAGACCUGGCGAUCCUUGGAGAGAGGUCGAGCAAAACUCGAGUUCGCCCCUGUGGCCGGUGGUGGAGAAAGAGGACAAACUGUUGCUGCUGCGAGUCGCCGGCUCUACGGAACACGCCGCUCCUUUCCUCUAUACUGAGCAGCACACUGUGUGUUUGAAGCUUAAUAACGAGUACGGCGGGCUGCACGUGGAGGUGCAGCUGAGCGAGGGCGGCACGUACGUGACGGUGCGCCAGUACCGCGACGGGCACGCGCCCGCGCUGCUCGUCAACUUCUCCCCGCACAUCAUUACCGUCUACGAGAAGGAGAACGUCAACGUCAAGAAAAUAGAACCUAUGCACCAAAUGCUCUUCACGUGGGACAAUCCAGCUGGACCACGUAUUCUUAUAUUCGAAGGCCACAAAAAAAAAGAAGUCGAAAAUGAUCUCAGAAAAGACGGCAUUGGCGAAUUUAUGAUAAAGGAGGGGUCGGUGGUGUCGUGGGUGUCGUUCCUGGACGGGCUGCAGCGCGUGGUGCUGCUGGCGGCGGACGCAGCGCUGGCGGCGGCCGCGCACACGUUAGGCGAGGCCGAGCCGCUGCACACCGAGAUCGUGCUCUCCGUGCACGGCUUGGGCCUGUCGCUCGUCGACGACCGCGAGCUGCUUGAGAUCGUCUACCUCAGCAUCUCCAACUCUGGAAUAAUAUGGGAGCAGUGUAAAAUUGGUGCGCGACGUUAUAAGAGGAUCGAAGGUCCCAAACUCAUACAAUUAGAGGAAGCAUACCAACGUUACAUUACCGAAAAGAUGGUCAGCGAUGAUCCCGUGUCGCCUAGAGUCAUUAUUGAUGAGAAGAUGGAGGUGGACCUGGAGGAGAUGCGGCUGCUGCGGCCGGGCGCGCGGCUGCUGCGGCGCACGGCCGAGCCGGGCGUGUGGGCCAGCCUGGGGCUGUCCGCGCACUCGCGCCGCCUGCACGCGCGCCUGCACCGCCUGCAGUUGGACCAGCAGCUGCCGCUGCCCACCUUCCCCGUCGUGCUGGCGCCCGUGCCGCCGCCCAAGUCCGUCGCCAACGACCGUCCCGACGGUAUGAAGCCAUUCAUCGAGGUGUCGAUAGUGGAGCGUAUCAUGGAGCACAGUAAAGUACGCCAAUACAGAUACUACAAGGUCCUGAUCCAAGAGUUCCAUGUAAAAGUGGAUAUGGGGCUUAUCAAUGCACUUAUGGGCAUGUUCCCGCAAAAGCUACUUACUGAACAAGAAGCGCUGGACGCAUUCCAACUGGACUUAGAAAGAGCUGCUCAACCGUUGGAAGCACUCGCCGCGUUGGGCGCUGCUUCCGAUCAAAAGAAUUUCUAUGACAACUUACAUUUAUCGCCACUUAAGGUCCACGUUUCAUUUUCACUCGGCGGCGCUACUCAAUUACCCACUUUCGUAGGAACGAUACUACAAAGUAUUGGCGUCACAUUGACAGACAUGAACGAUGUUGUAUUUAAACUAUCGUACUAUGAAAGGAAUUACGAAUUCUUGUCGCAGAAAGAGUUGAUAAACCAAGUACAAAGUCAUUACACAGGUCAAGCUUUAAAACAAUUGUAUGUUUUGGUACUCGGGUUGGACGUCAUUGGAAACCCAUAUGGACUGGUUAUUGGGCUAAAGAAAGGUGUUGAAGACCUCUUCUAUGAGCCAUUCCAAGGCGCGAUCCAGGGUCCGGGUGAGUUUGCGGAGGGGCUGCUGCUGGGCGUGCGGUCGCUGGUGGGGCACACGGUGGGCGGCGCGGCGGGCGCCAUGUCGCGCAUCACCGGCGCCAUGGGGCACGGCCUCGCCGCGCUCUCGCUCGACAAGGAUUACCAACGCCGUAGAAGAGAUAACAUCAACAAACCACCUGCAAAUUUGCAAGAAGGACUUGCGAGAAGCGGAAAGGGACUCGUUAUGGGCUUAGUAGACGGCGUAACCGGGGUGUUCACAAAGCCUUUUGAGGGCGCGCGUGAUCACGGAGUAGAGGGCUUCUUCAAGGGGCUGGGCAUGGGCGCCGUGGGGCUGGUGGCGCGGCCCACCGCUGGCGUCGUGGACUUCGCGUCUGGCUCGUUCGACGCCGUCAAGAGGGCGGCGGACCUGUCGGAGGAGGUGACGAAGCGGCGCGCGGCGCGCUACCUGCCGCCCGACGCCGGCGUGCGCCCCUACUCGCGCCUGCAGGCCGAGGGCUACAAGAUGCUCUCCGACCUCGAGAAGGGCACGGACCUGUCGGAGGAGGUGACGCAGCGGCGCGCGGCGCGCUACCUGCCGCCCGACGCCGGCGUGCGCCCCUACUCGCGCCUGCAGGCCGAGGGCUACAAGAUGCUCUCCGACCUCGAGAAGGGCACGGACCUGUCGGAGGAGGUGACGAAGCGGCGCGCAGCGCGCUACCUGCCGCCCGAUGCCGGCGUCCGCCCCUACUCGCGCUUGCAGGCCGAGGGCUACAAGAUGCUCUCCGACCUCGAGAAGGGCGCGGGCCUGUCGGAGGAGGUGACGAAGCGGCGCGCGGCGCGCUACCUGCCGCCCGACGCCGGCGUGCGCCCCUACUCGCGCCUGCAGGCCGAGGGCUACAAGAUGCUCUCCGACCUCGAGAAGGGCAAAUAUGUGAGCACGGACACGUACGAGGCGCACGUGUGGGUGAUACCGGCCAAAGAGAUGGUCAUGUGUACUGACAAGCGGCUACUCUAUCUCGAAAGGAAUCACGUCUUCGGCGGCUGGCAGAUUGUUUGGACGUACCUCUGGACAGAGAUACCGGAGGUCCCGACGGCGGUUAACAAAGGAGUCUUCAUACCCACAGCUAAGAAAAAAGUUCUCGGAAUGUUCUCCAGCUCCGGUUCCGGCAAAGUGAUAUUCCUUUACGACGAGCAACAGAAGAAAUUCUUGUUGGCACAAUGCGAAAGGCUUAUGCGUUCAGCGCAUUGA